AUGACCCACCUAAAACGUGCAAUAUUGCCUACUAAUCCCAGUAGCUUGUUCAAUGUUUACUCCUCCAAGUACGGAACUGGGAGGCUCUUAGAAGAUCUGGGCUACAUAGACCGAGAAAUUCUACUAAAAUCAGAGCCGAAAUUGGGUCAAAUUCUGGUACAGAAGAAGGGCAAACACAAUGUCUUCCUAGUGAUCGUCAAACGAACUCAAUACGACCGAGUGAAACCGUCAGAAUUAAAACUUUGUCUCCACAAUUUACACUACGCCCUCGAGGUUCAUCAAGUCACAUCCCUCUGUAUGGCCGAGACCGACAAUGAACUCAAAGGCAUAGAAAAUCUUCACCUAUACCUGAAGAAAGAAUUCAACGGAAGUGACAUCGUCCUCACCUUAUGCAGAGGUAACAUACAAAUGCCCGAACCAGCUCUUCGCCCGGAGAUCAUAAAAGAAAAUCAUGAUUCACUCAUCGCGGGUCACAAAGGAGUGAUUAAAACAUAUCUACAAAUAAGGGAUCGCUUUUACUGGCCAGGAAUGAAGGCGGAUAUAGAAAAUUUCAUCAGAAAAUGCAAAAUUUGCCACCUGGCAAAACUCAGGCCUAUCAAAACCAAACAAUCGAUGCAAGUAACCGAUACCCCAACGAGUUACUUCGAGAAAAUUUCCAUGGACAUAGUUGGUCCACUCUCCAGAACGCCGUCUGGAAACAUGUAUAUCCUCACCAUUCAGGAUAACUUUUCCAAACACUGCACCGCUGCCACCAAUUUUUACUUGUUAUGUCCGAAGGAUUUUUCAGGCGGGAAAAUCCUGAGUUUCUAA